CCCAAUAGUUGUUUUAAAAGUUGCCCCAAGUUGACAGAUUGUCGUGUGUAAAAUUGCAGUGUUUACAUUCUGUGCAUAUGUUUAUUUAAUAAUUCUCUCUUUUCAUUUAUUAAAAAAAAAUGCUUAUAAGGAUAAAUGCAAUACAAUAGGGAAUAACAUCAAUCAACAUACAGUAAACAGAAAAAAAAAUGUAUUGCAAAGUGUAUAAUUUACUUUUGUCUUGACGUGAAAAUAAAUAUACUUUUACUAUAUAUAAAAAUUAUAAUAUAAGCAUUCCAAUUAGAAAGUUGUAAUUUUUUAAAAAUGGAUGAAACACUAGUACUAUGGAUACUAGCAUUUGUUAUGUUGAUUGGAUCAUAUUUGGCAGGAUCCGUACCUUUAGUUAUGAAUUUAUCUGAGGAUAAAUUGCAGUUAAUCUCCGUUUUAGGUGCUGGUCUUCUUGUAGGAACAGCAUUGGCUGUUAUCAUUCCGGAAGGAGUGAGAGUAUUGUUUACAUCCACCACUAAUGAUUCACAUGGAUCACAUGAUCUUCACAGUUUAAUUGGAAUAAGUUUAAUAUUUGGCUUUGUAUUUAUGUUCCUGGUGGAUCAAUGUUCAGCUCAAAAGAGUGGAGGUAAAGAACGAAGUUUCACAGCAACUUUAGGAUUAGUUGUUCAUGCAGCAGCUGAUGGGGUAGCUUUGGGUGCUGCUGCAACAACAUCGCAAGCUGAUGUAGAAGUUGUUGUUUUCUUUGCAAUUAUGUUGCACAAGGCUCCGGCUGCUUUCGGUCUUGUGUCCUUCCUUCUGCACGAAGGUGUCGACAAGAAAAAAAUAGGACGUCAUUUAUUUAUUUUCUCUUUAUCAGCACCUUUCUUGACGAUAAUCACAUAUUUUGGAAUUGGCAAGGAAGGCAAAGAAACACUGAGCAGUGUGAACGCAACUGGAUUAGCAAUGUUAUUCAGUGCAGGUACAUUUUUGUACGUUGCCACUGUUCACGUAUUACCUGAAUUAAUGUCAAAAAGUAAUGGUUCCUUUAUGCAUUUACCAAGUACGGAAGGAGCACUACCACCAUCGUCUCAUAUGAAAUGUCGUGAUAUUCUAGUAUUAGUAAUUGGAUCAUUUUUACCAGCUUUAAUGACAACUGGUCAUCAUCAUUGACACUAUUUAUACUGCAAUUUAUUAUUUUAAUAAUCUAGAAGGUAAUUUUUAUAAUUAUUGUUUACAUUUUGUUAAGGGACCUAUAGAUUUAUUUUUAAAGUACCACAAAAUCUUUAGAAAAUAGACUUUCUAAAAAAGAGAAA